AUGAUGCAGAUGUUUUGGCCGCGUUAUUCAGCGGCACUUCUGGGCCAUCCAGAUUGUUUUUAUGAUAGUUUCUCUCCUAUUCCUAGUAUCAUAGCGGAACAUCCGUCGUUCGCAGUACGCGUUAUUUGGAGAGAAGACGUGAUGAUGAGAGAACGCUCUGGUAACCACAGUAUAGAAGGUCAGCACUGUGCCGACAACUUUUUCCAAUGUACUGAUGGCAAGUGUAUUCCGCGGGCUUGGCUCUGCGAUGGCGAUUACGACUGCGUCGAAGGAGACGACGAAAAAAGAUGUGAAUGGAAGGUUUGCAUGCCAAAUGAAUUCAAGUGCAGGUCGGCGAAGUGCAUCUUAAUGAACUGGGUUUGCGAUGGCGAUGACGACUGUGGUGAUAAUUAUGAUGAACGUCCGGAACUGUGCAAUUUCACUUGCGCGGAACGGAUGUUCCAGUGCGUCGAGAGCAAACGCUGCAUUCCUCGUCUAUGGCUUUGCGACGGUGAGCCGGACUGCUUCGAUCACUCUGAUGAGGCGAACUGCAGUGCUGUAUUCUCUGUCUUCAACCAGACCGAGUGUCGGCCGUACGAGUUCCGCUGCGGCACCGGUUUCUGCAUCAACCAGAACUUUGUCUGUGAUGGCGAUGACGACUGUCUCGAUGGAAGCGACGAAGUGGGAUGCCACAAAAAUUGCACCGAAUUUGCGUGCAAGUCUGACGGUAAGUGCGUUCCAUGGGUGUACCACUGCAACAACGUUACUGACUGCAGCGACGGAUCAGACGAGCAGAAUUGUGAAAUCAAAGUGACAGUCUCUGAGGACUGUGCCGAUAGGAACGAGUUUGACUGCGGCGACGGAACUUGCAUUCCUUGGGAGAAGGUAUGCGACGGCAAGGCCGAUUGUUUGAGCACUAUCGCCGCCGACGAGUCCCCUGCUCUGAAUUGCUCUCAGAAAGUAGAAGACUAUUGUCGCAGGGGUCACGUAUGUGAUCAGAUAUGCCGAAACACAAUAUUUGGUCCAAAAUGUUUCUGCGCGGCCGGCUACCAAAUUUCGCCCCUCAACAAGUCUAAAUGCAUCGACAUUGACGAGUGCAAGAAGCCCGGCGUCUGUUCGCAGAUCUGCAUCAACACGGUCGGAAGCUAUCGCUGUAAAUGUCAUACUGGAUACUUGCUGUUGUUCGACAUGCGCACCUGCCGUGCUGCCGGCAGCCACGCAAAACUGUUAUUCGCCAACAGGGACAGCAUCCGUGCCGUUGACUUAUCCACGUUAACCCCAAUGUCGUUGCUAUCCGGUCUGGACUUCGUGGUCGCCUUGGACUACUCCUACAAAUCGCGACGAAUAUUCUGGUCUGACUACAGCAAGGAACAAAUUUUUACUUGCAGUUUGAAAGAGGACAUGUCUGUUUCGUCGAACAGCUGUAUGAAAGAAGUGGUGGGCAAGAAACUCUCUGCAGUUGACGGUCUUGCUGUUGAUUGGGUGCAUGAGCUGUUGUACUGGACUGACAGCGGAACGGACACCAUUUCGCUCGUAGAAUUCAACGGCGAGCAUCGACACACGUUAUUCGACAAAGACCUCGACGAACCGCGAGCCAUUGCCGUCGAUCCAUUACGAGGGGUCAUGUUUUGGUCAGAUUGGGGUCGGUACCCGAAAAUCGAACGUGCCGGUAUGGACGGCACCCAUCGUCAGCCAAUUAUCGAUCGUGACAUUUACUGGCCGAACGGCAUAACGUUGGACCUUGCAGAACAGCGUAUUUUCUGGGUGGACGCCAAGUCCAAGAAGAUCUGCAGUGCCGACUAUCUUGGCAACAACAAAGCAGUGAUACUCAGCAACAACGCGAAGCUGUUCCACCCUUUUGGCCUAGCAGUGUUCGAAGAGAACAUCUACUGGACAGACUGGGACACCCAGGGCAUUCACGUGGCGAACAAGUUUACCGGCGAAACAAAGGACGUGCUAUUUACAGGACUGGUUGGCUUUAUGAGCAUCAGAGUGGCGCACGAAGUCACUCAGCCUGAAGUACCGAACAAGUGCCGCGUGAAGUACUGCAGUCAUUUGUGCGUUCCGGCUUUCAAAUUGUCCAACGACUUGCCACUUCUGCCGCCGUACCGUCGAGGGUUUAGUCCGUACUCCUGUCUGUGCGCCGACGGCUUUCGCCUAGACAGCGAUGGCCGAAGUUGCAUCGCAAACACUUCUGUUCCCAAAGUGGUGACUGCAGAACCAUUUGUGUUGUUGGACAAAUCUGUUCAGGGGUUCAGCGUUGGCUUGGUGCUUGGAAUCAUGUUCACCGUCGGAACUUGCAUGGGACUGGGCGGCUCCGGUAUCUACCAGCCGACGAUCGAAGGACGAGGAGCGAUUCCUGAGGUGACGACGAAGCUCGACCCAGUGACCAAGAACGGGGCGCUGGCACACGCCGUUUAG